CCAGCACACACCACUGUGGGCAAUACGCUCAGCACUUGUAGAGUAUCAUUCAGCCCUUGCCCAACUGGUGGGUCGAGAGGGCCGGGGCAUUGCGACUAUCAUGGACAUGGUUGCGCUGACACGUCUCGACUGUACCACAGGCUCGAGUGCACUGAUUAAACAGGUAUACCUACAAAACUUUAAACCCUACACUGUAUGUGGGGUUACCCAAGUAGGGUCAGGCGGGCGAAGCAGAGAGACGGGCAGUCUAGGGCAUCUGGAU